AUGAAGAAUCCUGUGAUGUCGUCCGAAAAGGGCCUGUACGUCUUCGAGAUAGGUUCCGGAACCGGCGGCACCUCUUCCUUCGUGCUGCCGGUGCUAAAUCCGCACAGUUCCAGGUAUGUUUUCAGCGACCUGUCGCAAGCAUUCCUGACCAACGCUCGGGCACGAUUUUCGAGGUUCUCCUUCAUAGAGUACUCCAUCUUCAACGGCGACAAGCAUCCUGGUGAUCAGGGCUUCAACAGCCACGAGAUCAGCGCGAUCUUGGCCACGAAUGUGAUCCACGCCACCAUGCACUUAGCCUCUACCAUGGCAACGAUCCAUGUGCUGCUGCGGCCGGGUGGACACAUCGUGUUCAACGAGGUGCAGAAUCCAGGAACGCUCAUUGAGGAUCUCACCUACGGCCUGACAGAUGGUUGGUGGAUGCUGACGGACACCGAAAGGCGGGUGACAUAUCCGCUGCUUCGGGUAGCCGAGUGGCAGACCCUCUUCACCCAGUGUGGCUUCAAGAACGUCUGGACCACGCCCGACGAGGCAAGCUCAUAUGAAGGGCCGCUGAAGAGACGUCAGACAAUCCGGUGCUGCUGA